CACGUGUAUGAUCGCCCGGCGAUCAAUGAACACGGGUCAAGACGAGGAACCACUUCCUUCCACCGGAACCAUAGGAGGCGACGGAACUCCGCCGACGGUGAAGACGAACCACGGAAGAACAAAUCUUCACAAGGAUUCGAACCGAAGAGCCAAAACUGGUGGAUCAACGAAUCGGAAAAAAAACAUCGACGCCUACAAUCUAUCCUUCAAUUCUGACUAUCUUGCAUGAAAAGAUCCGGCAUCUUUGAAGAUAAAGAUAAGCUUGAAGAUGCAAAAACCAAAUCAAUUGGAAAAAAGAAUCGUCGGAGGUACAGAGCGAGAGGCAGUCGGUCAACAAAGAACUGAAUCGUAGAUGGAUCGGUGCCGGCGAGAACGAUUCUAUGUAAGACAUCGUCUCCCGGAGACAGAGGCCGGCGAAGUCGGCGCUAUGAAAGCCGUCGCUUCCCGGAGGCAAAGCCGUACGGUCAUCGGAGGUACUGAUCAACCGUCGGAGACAAGAACCGGUCGGAAGUACCGAAACCGGUAAACAAAAAAUGACAACCACUCACUCUCAAAUCAACUCUAAACCUUCUGAAAGAUAAAUGUGUGAUAAGAAGGUUAGAGGAAUGGAAAGAAAUUCUCUCACUAGGGGAGGAGAGAGAUAAACCGUUUAUCUUUAGUAACUUAAAAAACAUAUAACUUAAAAGAUCAGAUGAAAAUUUUAAUAAUAAUUACAGUUGCAAAAAUAUAAAAAAAUCAAGUUUUUUCCUACAAAAAGACAAUAUUUAGCUUGAAAUACACAUUGUUACCAGAAAAAAUAAGCUUUUAUAUAUCACGAGCUUUGGGCAGUUGCAUUUAUUCCCCUCCUAUCUAAGAGCACCUUCAAGGCAGAUGCAAGGAGGGUUUCUAGGAAAAAAUAUGGUGUGGGGUCCACCAAAAAGGGAAAGACGGUUGUCUCCUGUCGUGAAAUAAGCGACGUAUUUUGCACAUCAGGCGGAAAAAAAAUAGGAAACUCAAGUUGGAUAUUUGCGCUGAGGAUGCUCUAAGCCCUCGUAUAUCUUAAAGUUAUUUUAUUUUUAAAAUAAAAUUGAGUCGAAAAUAAUUUUAAGUUAUUAAAUCUUUUAGCCUCUGGUUAUUGAAAUUUGGAGGAUUGAAGUUUACAGAAUAUAGGAUUUUAAUAUAUAAUUUUGUUUAUCUUCAAAAGACAGUUGUCAUAUAUAAUGUUUAAUUAUUUUUCAUAAUUCUUCUUCCCCUAAUUAAUAUCACAGCAAAGGUUGUUUUGAUAAAUUGGUCAUCCGUAGGUCUAAGCAUGGCUCUGGGUGAGACACCUGGCAGGACAGACGGAGCAGGCGAGUCGAUGAGUGAUCUAACGGCUGAGCAAUUAUUCAAGAUCAACGAGCUACAUAUGAAAACGGUACAAGAAGAGAACAUGCUGACUAAGCAAUCGGCGACUUUACAAGAAGACACGGCGGAUAUGCCUAUUGCCGUCGCGGCGUUCCACAAAGAAAGGAUCGGAGAAGCCGACGUGGAGGUGGAGCUUGCGCUUGAUAAGUACGAGGACGAAAUGGCUCGUAUGUUAGCUGAAGCGGAUAAGCUGAGGUUAACCACUUUAACUAAAAUUGUUGAGAUUUUAACGGCGGUUCAAGCGGCGGACUUUCUACUUGCCGGGAAGAAACUUCAUUUUGUCGAUGCAUGAGUGGGGCAGACUGAGAGAACGUUGCCGCCUUGAAGCUUGUGGUGAUGAUUCCGGUGGAGAAUUUUCCGGAUGGUAAACUUUGUAGAUCGGACGUUAUCAGAUAUAUAUGUAAUAGAGGAUAAUAACAACAAGAUUAUACUAAUCUUGGCGAAAAAAAUAUCUUGGCAUUAUAUAAUAUAAAAUCUUCGUUUUUGAAUUCUUA